AUGGCAAAACAUAACACAAAUCCUAUACUUCCAGCAGCGGGAGUCUGCAGGAGCAAAGUGGAUGGCGGAGGUGUGGGCCAACUUAGGCAGAAUGACGAUAUCAUCCCAAACCCGAGAGGAAGGAUGGUGUCUGAUCAACACGCUGAGCCAAACACAAGACUAAUGAGAAGCAAGAAGACUAUUUUAGUCUCAACCUUCAAUGUCAGGACAAUUAGAGAGGAAUGUAGACAAGAGGAGCUUGUUUCUUGCAUGAUCAAGCAAGGAAUAGAUAUUAUUGGCAUUCAGGAGCAUAGGAUAGUUCACAACGACCCUUUAAGAUUCAUCAAGGUGCUUGGGCAAUCUCUGAUUACAUCAUCAGCCUGGAGAAACGAAGCACAAGCAGCUACUGGUGGAGUGGGCUUACUAGUCAGUCAGAAGGCAAUGAAGUCCUUGAUAGGAGUACAGACAGUGACAAACAGAAUCCUAAUAGCACACUUCCAGGGUAAUCCUGUGACAACAGCUAUUGUAGUGUAUGCACCUACAAACUCCAGCACCCUAGAGGGAAGUGAACAGUUUUAUCUGCAACUGAGAACUGCAGUUAGCAGUGUUCCGGCUCAUAACUUUUUGAUGAUUCUUGGAGACCUCAAUGCAAGACUUGGCAGCGACGAGUUUCAACACUCUUUUCAUGAUCUGACCAACAGGAAUGGUGUGCUGCUGAUAGAGUUCAUGCAGGAAAAGCAGCUUAUUGCCAGUAACACUAUGUUUCGGAAAUCUGAGGGGAAAUACUGGACAUACCUGAGUCCCAAUCACAACAAGUACCAGAUUGACUUUAUCCUUGCCAGGAAGAAGUGGAGGAACAGUGUCAUGAAUACUGAGGCCUAUAGCACAUUCUCCAGUGUAGGAUCAGACCAUAGAAUUGUCACUGCAAAGUUCCGUCUGAGUUUGAGAGCACCUAGGAGGCAUCAAAGGAUGCAGAUCAAGUAUGACUGGUAUGCCCUUGCAAACAACACGGCUCUUCAGGAGCAAUAUACUGUAGAGGUGAAAAACAGAUUCCAACUUCUUCCGGAUGAAUGCCCAACAGAGAGAUAUGCAAGGUUCAUUGAGGCAAAUAGGGGUGCAGCUGAAUCCUGUGUACCAGUCAAGUGGAAGAAAAAGAAGGUCCAAUUCUAUGAUCACCCCAAGGUAGAAGAAGCCAGGCAAGAGGUUGAGGAUGCAUACAAGACACAUGUAGAUGCAACUACUGAAGGCAGUGGGGAGGCUAUACAGAGAGCUAAAGAAAAGCUGUUCAACACAUAUAAGAAGUUAAAGGAGGACGACAUUUUUAGCAAGAUUUUACAAGUAGAGGCUGCUAGCAAAGAACAGCAGUACAGUGAGGCCUGGGCCAUAAUCAACGAAGUGUCAGGCAGACGAGCGAUUAAUGCAGGUCAAGUGGAGGGAGCAUCGCCAGCAGGCAGGGUGCAUACCUGGUACAAUCACUUUAGCCAGCUCCUGGGAAACCCUCCACAAGUGCUGGAUGAAGAACAUGAGAUCUCCUCAGUGUUUGAAAGCCUACCUAUUGAUGAUGCCUCUUUCACCAUGAACGAGUAUAGGAGGGCAAGCUUUCUAUAA